AUGACAUCAGGUGAUUUUAACGGUGAUACACUAUUAGAUUUAGCUGUAGCCAAUUUUGGUAGUAACAAUGUCGGCGUGUUUCUUGGUAAUGGUGAUGGUACCUUUAAAAAUCAGGUGACUUUUGCAGCUGGCACAAGUCCAAACUUCGUAAUAACAGACAAUUUCAUCAAUAAUAGUGUAGCAGAUCUUUUUACGGUCAACACCCUUAGUCAAAGUAUCAAUGUGCUACUUGGCAAUGGUAAUGGGACAUUCCAAUCACCGGUAACUAAUAAUAUGAGUGAAAUUCCGUUGUCUUUGACGUCAGCUGAUUUUAAUGGCGAUGGUAGAGAAGAUGUAGCUGUUACCAGUGUUAAUAAUACUGUCAACAUUUUCUUGAGCAAUGGCAAUGGCACAUUUCAGAACAGUGGAACGUAUUCGACAGGCAAUAUCCCAAUCAACAUAAUAGCUGAUUUUUUUAACGAUGAUUUAAUCUUGGACCUUGCUAUUACAAGUAGCGGCAGUAACUACGUUGGUGUGCUUCUUGGUAAUAAUAAUGGAACUUUCCAGAAUCAGGCAACAUAUCCGACAGGCACGACACCUGUCGCUGUAGUAUCAAAUAAUUUUAACAAUGAUACAAUACUAGAUCUAGCCGUCGCCAACAAUGGUAAUAAUACUGUGAGUGUGCUACUUGGUAAUAGUAACGGGACUUUUCAGACUCAGACAACAUAUCCGACAGGAACCAAUCCGAGCGAUAUCGCGGCCGGUGAUGUUAACAAUGAUGGAAAUGUAGAUCUCAUUGUAACCAACUCAGCUGAUAACACUAUCAGUGUACUUCUUGGAAAUGGCGAUGGUACCUUUCAGACUCAGAGAACAUAUGCAACAGGCACCAAUCCGCAGUCUCUGGUACUGGCUAAUUUCAAUAAUGACACAAAACUGGAUCUUGCUGUGGCCAAUUUUAAUGAUAGUACUCUUAGAAUUUUUCUCAAUACAUGUUAG